AAUUUUAUUCGCAUAACAUAUUUAAAAUGGUAGGGGGUUUAAAUUUUCUGUUACGUUGCAACGUUAUUAUUUCUAUAUUACCAGUGAAACUUUCAAUGUUUUACCAGCAGACUUUACUUUGUAUGGAAAUUAUGCCCUACACAUAAUUUCUCCCCACAUAAAGAAAUAUUAUGGAAUAAUGGUAAUAUUAAACAACAAAAGCUUAUACAAAAUAAAUUGGGUUGAAAAGGGCAUUAUUUUUGCUGCAGAUUUAUUUGAUGAUAACGGAAGCCUUUAUAGCUAUGAAAACAUUUUGAAAACUAAGGAUUUUCCAGUGAAAUACAGAGAAUUUGCCUCGGUCAUGAGAGCCAUUUCUUCAGGCAUAGUUGAGUUAAUGAGAGCACACUCUGUUUAUCAGAGAUUUAGUUUGCAGAUACCUCCUCUAAAGGUUGAGGAUAUUGAUUUAUUUGACAAGAAAUGUUCAAAUAAACAUAUAAGGAAGGUUUUAUGUUGUUCUAAUACGGUGGCACCCAAAGGAAAGUUUUUCUGGAACACACAGUUCUGAUAAAUUGGAAAAAAGCAUGGAUGGUUCACUUUCAAUACUGUAUUUCAAACAAGAUAAGGGAACUUAAUUUCAAAAUUUUACACAAUAUUUAUCCAUGUAAUAAAAAAUUAUCAUUGUUCAAAGAUCUGGAUGAAAAAUGUACCUUUUGUCAUACUGGUUCAGAGACUGUUAUACACUUAUUUUAUAAUUGUCCUUUCUCAUAUGGAUUUUGGAAACAUAUGGAAAUUUUUAUUAAGAUUAAAUCCAAACACACUAUCCAAAUCAGAUCUAAGGAUGUCAUUGUCAAGUUUGAAUGUAAUGAUAAAAUGUUAAGUUUUAUAAUUAAUCUAAUGCUUCUUUUAGGGAAAUUUCAUAUACAUAAAGCGAGGGUCUCCAAAUCUCUCCCUAACUUUAGCGUUUUCUUAAAUGACUUUCACUCAUAUGUAAACACCAUUAAGUUAAUUGUAAAUAAGAAGGCAGAACUCACUUUAAUGAAUCUUCAAUGUUUAUUUCUAAUUGACCCUGUAUAACAAAAAGAAAAGAAAAGAAAAAAAAGCAUAACGUGCCUUUUGGAAUGUUGUAUUAUCUGUUAUGUGCCUCUUGUCGGUUAAUGAGCUGAUUUCUGUUCGUGUGUAUAUUUGAUGUAUGUUUGUUUGUUAGUUUGAUUCUGUAUUUGUGACAAAAAACAAAUGAAGCUUGUUUUAAAAAAAAUUAAUUGUUUGCACACUUGUGUGCUACACACUCGAACCCUACUGCGCACUUUCUCCAAGUGCACUUUAACCGCAGGGCGCAGUGCGAGUAUUGAGAUUGGGCCCAUGUCUUCAGAUCUACAUUUCCGGGUAGCUGCGCAGAUCUGAAAUGCGCAUGUUUCCUCGUUUUCUCUGAAGUCGUUUUCUUGCUCCGAACCGCUUCACUCGGGAAGAGCAGCAGCAGGAAGUAAGAGUUAAGUCUCAAUCUCACCUCUUCUAAUAUCAAAAGCUGUUUCAUUGUAAACAAAGGUGACUUUACACAUAUCUAUUCUCAUUUUGUUUGCUGAUAGCUCACUUUAGCUCACUUUUAAUCUCUGCUGCUGUGUCUCAAAAUGUCUAUUCGACCUGAUUAAAUCUUUCAGCAGCAGUGUUUAGGCUACAGAUGUAACCCAUAGUCAUGGAUGCGGGUUAAUGGUUUUAGUGGGUUUCUGCUUCCGCUUAGUUGGUGUUUGUUUCCGAUGACCCGCAGUUUUCCUGUACGACAAAGAAGCAUCUUUAUUACUUCUUAACCUGGAAUUUUCAGCGAUAAAUGACCAAGAAAUGGUGAUUCUGACUGCAGCACCUGCGUCAAAAGUUUCAAAUGCAAACAAUAUAAAACAUGAUCACGUCAGACUCUGAUCUAAGAAGUUAUUUCUAACUUAGUAAAUAAUGUCCUAAAUUAAGCUGAAAUGUUUUCCAUGCUGGCUGUGCCUUUUCAGCAAAAGCAGUCCUACAUAAACCCAAUUAAACGCACAGCAGUCCCUUUGAUUAUUGAUAAUUUAACCUUUUUAAUUAUUGUAUUAAUUUCUUGUUUUAUUUGAACAAAACUCUGAAUUUAUGUCCUUUAAAUGAACUCAGCAGAAGUAGUCCCACACCUCUCAGUACUCAGUAUGUUCAUAUAAAAGGUUUAUUCUGCUGCUGUUCAGUGUGUAUCCAACAUGACAUCCGCUGCAGAGAUGUCCACCAGGGUUGCCGUGGUAACGGGAAGCAACAAGGGCAUUGGUCUGGCCAUCGUCAGAGCGCUCUGCCAGCAGUUCCAAGGCGACGUUUACCUCACAGCCAGAGACAAAGGGCGAGGUCAGGCGGCGGUGGCUUCUCUGGCGUCUGAGGGCCUGAAGGCCUUGUUCCAUCAGCUGGACGUCAGCGACCUGAACAGCAUCAGCAGCUCCGCUGCCUUCUUUAAGGAGAAGUAUGGAGGGGUGGACGUCCUCAUCAACAACGCUGGGAUCGCGUUUGGAGUGGGAGACACGACUCCGUUUGCCGUCCAAGCCGAGGUGACCCUCAAGACAAACUUCUUUGCUGCCAGAGACAUGCUGACUCACUUCCUGCCGCUGAUCAAAGCUGGAGGUCGUGUGGUGAACAUCUCCAGCUUCGUUGGCUCCAGUACUUUGGCUAAGUGCAGUCCUGUGCUGCAGCAGCGUUUCCGUAGUGAGGACAUCACAGAGGACGAGCUGGUGGGAUUGAUGCAGCGAUUCGUCGACCAGGCCCAGAAAGGCGAGCACAAACAGGGAGGGUGGCCCGAUACGGCGUACGGAGUGUCUAAACUGGGUCUGACGGUUCUAUCCAUGAUUCUGGCUCGUCGUCUGUCCCAGCAGAGACCAAAUGAUGGGAUCUUGCUGAAUGCUGCCUGUCCAGGAUGGGUACGCACUGACAUGGCCGGUCAGGCAGCAGAAAAGUCACCAGAUGAGGGCGCCGUCACGCCGGUCUACCUGGCCCUGCUGCCGCCUGGAGCCACAGAGCCUCACGGGAAGUUUGUGUCUGAGAAGGAAGUUCAGCCGUGGUGAAGGAAAUACAAAGAGCUUAAAGCAAUGAUUGUUUUUAACCCAAACCUUUGUAUCUUUUAGCUGAAAAAGUGUAAAAAUGAUUGUAUAAACUCUCCUGCUGCCUCAACGGGCUCUGGUUCAGAGGAUAAGGUUGUAUAAGGGUCAUGUUUAACCUUCACAUGUUAUAUAAUAAAAUAUCUGUACCACCA